AUGAUUAAGGCAGUUAUCGUGGUGAACAAUCACGGAAGGCCGAGGCUUCUCCGCUUCUAUGAUGGCACCCCUCACGAGAAGCAACAACACAUUCUGCGGCGGACGUAUCAGGUCGUCUCGCAGCGGCCAGACGACAAGUCUUGCUGCUUCGCGGAAGAUAAGGAACUCUUCGGCCCCGGCACAAAGAUCGUUUACAGGCACUUUGCAACUCUCUAUUUCAUCUUCAUCACUGACGAGCUGGAAAGCGAACUUGGAGUUCUCGAUCUCAUUCAGGUGUUCGUACAGGUCCUGGACUCGUGCUUUGAGAACGUCUGCGAGCUAGAUCUCAUUUAUCACUUCGAUAAGGCAAAUUUUAUCUUGGACGAAAUCAUCGUCGGCGGAUUGGUCAUUGAGACCAAUGUCGACAACAUCCUGCAGUCCAUAAGCAGUGUCAAGAAACUAGUGGAUAGCGAAGCCUCUCUAUUUGCUGCUGCUUGA